AUGCAGGACUCCUCCGCCACAAGAAAAAGACGCAGCAGGAAAGUUGUGGAUGACAGUGAUGACGAAGAGGAUGUAGCACCUGUCAAAAUAUCCGCUACUAAAGCGAAGCCCAAGAGCCAAUCAAAACCCGAAGAACCUAAAGAAGAACCUACAACUUCCUCCGACUAUUUUGCCUCCAGCAAGAAGAAGACACGACCUGCUAAAACGACCGAGAAAGCUCAGUCCGAUAAAGCCAAUACUGUUGCUGAAAGUCCCAAACCUAAGAAUACUGCCGAAGCACCUACGAACAAGGGACGAACCACUGCUCGGGGAUCAACAAAGCAAGCCACAAAGGUCCUUGAGGAUGAGAAUCUCGGCGCUGAUGACAUUUUCGCAACCGAAUAUGGAAAGGCUGGCAAAGAAGAAGACGCUUAUGUGGCUGGAGACGAUAGCGACGAGGACGAUGACUUCGAAAUGCUUGAGGUAAGGCCAGCCGCCGCGGCAGCGAAGAGGACACAGAAGAAGCAAUCUUCUCGCGAUGAGGAGGAUGAUGUGGUCAUGGAAGAUCUCCCCAAGAUUCCUGCCCCGAAGGCUCGACCUGGCCGCAAACGCAAGUCGGAAGCUCUCAUCGACGAGAGCGAUGAUGAUGACUACCAAGAACCCAAGAAAGAAACAAAAAAGGCAGCUCCAAAAGCCAAGACCGCGGCAUCACCAACUGCAAAGAAGCAAAAGGCCAGCCCUAAAAAGGCUAAAAAGGAGGACAAACCAGAGAGCAAGGAGCUCCAAGAUAUCUUCGACAGCAUUCCUACAAUCGAAGCUCCAGAACCUCCCAAGGGAGAGCCGAAGAAAUUCAAAUUCGGAGCGCAACAAAGCCGAGACCCUGUAAUGACUGGUACCAAGGAGCUUCCCGUUGGGGAAGAAAACUGCCUUGCGGGUUUGUCAUUUGUUUUCACCGGUGUUCUAGACUCCCUCGGUCGCGAAGAGGGUGCGGAAUUAGUGAAGAAGUACGGUGGCAAAGUCGUUGGGGCCCCUAGUUCUAAAACGAGCUAUGUGGUCCUCGGAGCUGAUGCCGGCCCAAAGAAGCUUGAGACCAUUGCAAAGCAUAAGAUCAAGACCAUCAACGAGGACGGCCUCUUUGAAUUGAUUCGACGACUGCCUGCCAACGGCGGUGAUGGAAAGGCUGCCGAAAAGUACGCCGAGAAACAGAAAGCCGAUGAGGCCAAGGUCCGUGCCAUGGCGGCCGAGAUUGAUGCCGAAGAGAUGAAACAAGCAGCAGAAAAACGAAAGACAGCCACGACUUCUCAAGGACCCAAGACCACUGCCACCUCGUCUCAGACGCCAACAAGCUCACAGGUCGUAUCAUCUAGUGAUCUCUGGACUACAAAGUAUGCCCCAACAUCGACCAGCAUGAUCUGCGGUAAUAAGGGUGCAGUGGAAAAGGUUCAAACCUGGCUGCGGAACUGGCAUGCCAAUGCCCAGGCCGAUUUUAAAAAGGGUGGCAAAGAUGGCUCCGGAAUAUACCGUGCCGUCAUCAUUCACGGUCCCCCAGGAAUAGGUAAAACCACAGCAGCUCAUCUCGUGGCCAAGCUAGAAGGAUACGAUAUUGUGGAGACCAACGCCAGUGACACCAGAAGUAAGAAACUUGUGGAGAGUUCUACCCUGGGUGUGCUAGAUACAACAUCAUUGCAGGGAUACUUUGCCGGACAAGGCAAGCAGGUUGAGAGUGGAAAGAGAAAACUCGUACUUAUCAUGGACGAGGUUGAUGGCAUGUCUGCUGGUGAUCGUGGAGGUGUGGGAGCUGUCGCAGCCAUUGUCAAAAAAACCAAGAUUCCGAUCAUCCUUAUUUGCAAUGAGCGAAAGCUUCCCAAGAUGAAACCUUUCGACUUUAUAACCUAUGACGUGCCAUUCAGACGCCCGACUGCUGAGCAAAUUCGGGCAAGACUAUCCACUAUCUGUUUCCGAGAAGGUCUCAAGAUUCCGCCCCCUGUACUUGAUGGCCUCAUUGAAGGAACCCAUGCCGAUAUCCGCCAGGUCAUCAACAUGCUUUCCACCGCAAGACUAGAUCAGAAGGGUCUCAAUUACGAGGAAGGCAAACAGAUGUCAAAGUCGUGGGAGAAACAUAUUAUUCUCAAGCCAUGGGACAUUGUCAGCAAAAUUCUCAGCGCCCAGAUGUUUUCCCCGAGUUCCACUUCUACCUUGAACGACAAGGUCGAGCUUUAUUUCAACGACCACGAGUUCAGCUACCUGAUGCUUCAGGAGAACUACCUCAAAACCAAGCCUGCUCUUGUGGGCAAAUAUCAUGGGAAGGAACAGCGACUGAAGUCGCUUGAAUUAUUGGACAAUGCCGCCUCAAGUAUCAGCGACGGUGACCUCGUCGAUCGUAUGAUCCACGGCACCCAGCAGCAGUGGAGUCUUAUGCCCACUCACGCGAUCUUCAGCUUUGUGCGGCCAGCCAGCUUCCAGUAUGGAAACUUCAAUGAGCGGCCUGCAUUUACCAGCUGGCUGGGCAACAACAGCAAACAUGGCAAACUGUCUCGAUACGUCAAGGAAAUACAGGGCCACAUGCGCCUUCGUACCACAGGUAACCGCGACGAAAUCCGUCAGCAGUACAUGCCUCUGCUCCAAGAGAAAAUAAUCCGUCGAAUGAUGGACGAAGGCAAGGAAUGUGUCGACUCGGUCAUUGAUCUCAUGGAUGAAUACUAUCUCACCCGCGAGGACUUCGACUCCAUGGUUGAACUAGGACUCGGCCCAAUGGACGAGUCCAAGGUCAAACUUGAGACACAAACCAAAGCCACCUUCACACGUCUGUACAAUUCGCGCUCGCAUCCUAUGCCAUUUAUGAAGGCCAGCAAUGUCAUUGCACCCAAGCAGGGAAAGAAGGAGAUGCCUGAUAUUGAGGAUGCCAUUGAAGCAUCCGACGAAGAAGAAGUUGUUGAAGAUGUCAAGAAUGAGGACGACGAAGUACUUGAUCUCAAGAAGGACAAGUAUGUGAGUCUACCUAAGAAAAAGAAGGCGCCGGCCAAGGGUAAGAAGACAAAGAAGGCCGAUGAUGAUGAGGAGGAAAAGCCGAAGAAGGCUCACCUCGGUCACUACUGUGCAGUACAACCCUGGGAUACUACAGACAUAUGCCCCCGCGGAGCUGAGAAGAUGUCUCUUCUUCACAAUGAAGACUUUACAAUAUGGCAAUUACGCUCCUCAUAUCUCUCGACAAUCAAAGAUGGAAUUGGCGACCGACUUAUCAACGUCAAUGACUCUGUCCUGAAUACGCCUGGCUUCCGCGCGGCGGGCUGGUCAACCGCCGCCGCGUACCCCAACACACACAGCUCCUCCCACCUGAAGCGCACUUACUCUCCACCAAUUCCAACCACGGCGAACGUUUCAUCCGAAUAUUACAGGCUAGCAGAACGAAAUGCAAAACCCCAACGCCACGAAUUGCAAGGCCUCGGCCUGGAAGACGGCGAGGAUGAUGGUGGCAUGGUGACCGGUAGUAAGAGCCAUAUGGACAUGACCGCGCGCCGGAAUCAUGCACGCGGUGGGAAGAAGAAGUCUCGUCGUGAAAGGCAACAAGAAGUUCAGAGACAAGUGGAAGCAGAGGACGACGAUAGCAGCGAUUUAAGUGAUGACAGCGAAGACGAUGGGGACAACGUUGGCAGUGCUGUUGAUCAGAUCAGAUUCGACAAGAUGCCCAUCCGCCGAGAUCGAGCCGACUCCUCUCCGUUGCGUUCUGGAGACCAGAGGGAACGACCAGAAGUGAUGGUUACAUCUGCAUCAACACAAAACGUUGCAACUCAAUAUCGCCAAUUAAAACCACGCCCCCGUCGAGAUACGACCACUAGUAGUGAUCUAUCGACGGAUAACGAAGCUGAUCAAAGAAGCUACAAGCAAGGACAAGUUCAAUUCUCCGGGAGUGACCAGGUCGUCGAGUAUCCGCGUAGACGGCGUGAGCGAACUGGCAGUCGAGGUGCAGAGAGCCUGGCCCUUGGAGAACUCCACGAGGUGGACGAGGACGAGGACUCCGGUGCCGAAUCUGUUGAAUCUGCAAUCUCAUCUGACUUUGACAAUACAGCUGGAUCUGGCUCCUUACUUCUGGCCGGCGUGACGGGCGGUUUGAAUUUGUCCUCGCCCAUGGCCAUGAUGAACAAGUUACCCUCUGGCACAGGGCCGCAGAAUAAUUCACCGCGCAAGCAUCGCACACCGGCUCCUGCAUUGCAAGAUCUUCCCCCGCCACGGCCGAUCAGCAUGAUACAGCCAGUCAGCUUAUUGACCAGCCAGCUCACAUCCCGGAAGCGAGCACCAAGCAAUCCAGUGGACAAAUUCGUGGUUCUCUCUGGGCGAGGUCAAGAGGACCCGUUGUAUUUGAAGAUCUACGUUCCCUUUUCAAGCGACCCUGAAGAACCCCUGGAUUUGCCACUUACACGCGAGUCUAAACUUGCAGAGCAGCCUGCACAAGUUACUGUUGCUGAGACAAUUGGUCUUGCCCUGUGGAAAUACUCGGCGGACGCUCGUGGCCCACCAAUUGAUCGUGCCCAUUUGAACGUGAACCGAUGGACGCUACGGAUGGUUGAUGAUGGCGAAGUCGAAUAUGACUUCCCGGCGCUUGGGCGGACACUUCCGAUGACGGAUUUCACGUCAAACAACAACCAAUCUGCCAAGUCCCGAGGACGGUCAAGAGGCAAGCCGUACGAUGAAUUCGCACUGGUUGAAGCAUCAGAUUCGGAGUUUGAGGAGAAUGAACGGCUAUAUCCACAGUUUAGUUCAAGCGUGGGGUCGGAAGAGGCCGAUCAGCCGGCGAAUCUUGCAGCACCAGGGGCUCAACCCGCUGCACUGAAAAAGACCCCUCAGACCACACCGGUCCGAGCAAAUCCCAUCCUAGGCCAGCCAUUCUCGUCUGCGCUCAACCACAGCACUCUCACUCCUGCUGACCGCCCCGCGGUACCUAUCUCGCAUGCCACCCCCCGUCUUGGUGUUUCUAAGACAUUGAAGAUUCGCUUCAUCAACAUGGAGGCUUCAGCACAUGUCAUGACCAUCAACACAUCUACCGACAGCUAUAUAGCCGAGAUCCUGGACUCUGUAUGUAAACGAUGGGGCCAGGAUAAGGGUAACUACCUCUUGAAGGUGAUGGGGUCGAACACUAUUGCACCACUUGACCGCACAGUGGAGGCAUUGGGCAGCAUCACCGACCUUGAUCUGGUGCGUCGUCGCUUCGGUGGCGGCCCCCUCGCACUGGGAACCUCACCAGGCAGCUCAUCACCGAACGCGCCUUUGAUGGUGGAAACCGCCGACCAGACAACAUCCAAGAAGAGCAAGAAGGAGUCCAAGAAGGGUGCCCAGCGCAUGUUGCCUUCCUCUUCCCAAAAACAAGACCACCUAGGCGGAUAUUACCGCCGAUACCACGUGUUCCGCAAACAACCCAUGUCCUUCACAGCAUCCAAUCAUCGCAUCCUCACAUUUGAAAAUGAUUAUAUGCAUAUCGUGCCCGGUGAUACGGGCAAAACGGCGUCUGGUGGUAAGACCCGUUCGAUCAGCUUCAGUGACGUGAUCGGAUCUAAGGUUAGUCGACGACAUCCCAAGAGCUUCCGGGUGAUGAUCGUGCGCGGCAAUGAUGCCACGGAGCAGAAGCGUUAUGACUUUGAGGCAAGGAGUACCAAUGAGGCUGUGGAGAUUGUGGAUGAGAUCAAGAAGAACAUGGCACAUUAUCGCAUUUGA